AUGAGCCCCACAGUAAUUUGGUAUAUUCUGGCGCUCGCCAGCACACGUUUGAUAACGGAUUUAUUAGUUCAUCAUGCUCAAGGAUUUAGUAAAUUUUUCAAUUCGCAACGUGAAUGUAAAAUAUGGUGGAUGCGAGUUAGUUCGGAUCCUAGUAAAUACUUCUUAGAACCAUAUCAUUUUGAGGACACACCGAAUACCACGCUACCUACAGGCACACAAUCCGUAACCAUUAAAACAAAAUUACCAUAUUUCACGUUCGAUGUCGAAAGUAUUACCUUUGUAGCCUUGGCUGGAGCUGGCUUGAAUCAGACUGCGUUUCAGCUUUUGUCCAAUGAUAAAGGUGACCAAAAUAUGCCGGCUGUUAGACGUUCAGUUAUUGAUUUGAACGCUGCAACAGGUGCUAUUCUCUUUGAUAGUGCUGAUAAUGAUCGCGUUAAUACUCUGUUACUCGAUAGAAAGCUGACUCCAGUUCAAUGCGCCGUGGCCUUUCCUUUCAAAUAG